ACUCCGAAACUCCCCGCCGGGAGCUACAAACCGAAACAAUCGCUCGGUCAAAAUUACCUCAAGGAUCCCAACACGGUUGCCAAAAUUCUCCGCACUUUUCACCAAGAUGCAACCAAGCACCGACCCUCGGUCGAGCGGAUUUUGGAGCUAGGACCGGGCGCGGGUGCCUUGACCGAUAGGCUGGUGGAAACGUACGGCGCCGCCAAUAUGCAAGCCAUUGAACUCGACGAGCGCUCCGUGCAGAUCUUGCGGGAGAAGCACCCCGGGUUGCGUGUGCAGCACGCAGACGUCAUGCAAGUGAGUUACGCGGACCUAGCCGAAGCUGAGGGACAGCCGUUAGUGGUGAUUGGCAACCUUCCUUACUACAUUACCUCGCAGAUUCUGUUUGCCUUGGCCGACGCCAGCCAUGCCGGGGCCGUCCACAGUGCCACCGUCACCAUGCAAUGGGAAGUAGGUCAACGAAUGGUAGCCGCCCGAUCUACCAAAGACUACGGAAUCCUGUCGGUUGUCUUCCAACUCUACGCCGACGUUACGUGUCACUUCAAAAUUCCACCGACCGUGUUUUACCCCAAGCCCAAGGUCGAUUCCGCCUUGAUUGGUUUGCAUUUUCUGGGUCCGGCUCGGCUACGUCAACGACUAGCUGGAGUUCGACCAGCCGACUUGCGUCGGGUCGUGACGUCUACCUUUCAACAGCGACGCAAAACGGUCCGCAACUCUCUCAAGAAACUCUGCCAGGGGGACGAAUUUUCUAUCCAACAGGAGUUACCGGAGGAUUGGGCGUCGAAGCGGCCCGAAGAACUUUCGCCAGGACAGUUUAUUGAAAUCACACGUCUGCUGUUUGGU